UGUAAAGCUAACGCAACGGCUACGGAAAACAUCUACCGUGGGAAAGGAUAACAACGAGACGUCCAGAACCUAUGGUUGGCUGCAUUUUUUCAUAAAACUCAUGAGCCCAUCGAGGAUGGCAGAGUAUGGCGACUAAUCCUUUCAAGCAAACGCCACCAAUAUCCAGCACGACCCAAAGUAACAACACACAACACUAUUACGAUGAACCAUCAACACCCGUGUUUACCUCGAGCAGUUCCGCAGCAACAAGUGGCAGCGGGUCGAACGCAGCCGAUAGUGCCAGUAUCCUGAAGCAAAGGGCGACGUGUGCCUGCUCGAACAUCAGCAUUAUGCAGCUGUUUCACGAAAUGAAACAGAAGUAUCCAACCGUACCGGACACGGUCGUGUCAGAGCUCGUCACACAGAACUGUCACGAUCGGCCGGCAUGCAUCAGCAAGCUGGAGGAAGCCGUACUCGGAACACCUGCACAAACUACCUAUCCGUCACAAUCCAUUCACAGUGGCAGUCUGAAGAGGCGCAGUGGUGAUCGAAAGCUUGCCGGCAAUCGAUCCGAUGGCAGCAACAGCUAUAGCAGCAAUAGUAGCAGCAAUAGUAGCCGGGAAAGCAGCGUCGAUAGUAGCAGAUUACAGGGUGCUACAUGCCCUACCACACACCAGCAACAGCAGGGAGUUCCGACGCCCGGCGGCAUAGGCUACAGUGAUAAUAGACUUAUAGGAGAGAGCCGAAUAUCUGGUUCGUGCGCAAACCGGCCAACCACGUUGGCCGUACGCCCAACGGCUACCGGCGUGGGUUACUUUGGAGCAACGCCCCCAGCACCUCCGAUGCGACCCAAUCGGAUAGCUCCACCAUGUCCAUCCAACAAUGUAUCGUUAGGGACGUCCACGAUCACGACAACAACCACGGCAAGCAGCAGUACUGAGCUCGGUGAGACGGUGAACUUGCAGGUAAACGUUACCGUAUCACCAAAAGCCGGUGGACCCAUGAUCGCUGGUCAACGGCACACAUCGACGAUCUCGCUUCAACCGGAACCUCCAUACUCACGUGAACUAGCUCAAGUGAGUAGUACAUUUAGUGGUGGAAAUCCCCUCGUUAUGGGAUCACCCACUGCCGGUACAGUGGCUGGUGGCGGCACACCGGGUGGAUCGUCGCGGACCGGAUUAGCUUCGAUUGGAAUCGGUGCUAGUGGCAACGGUGGACGUAGCUCCACCUCGGUUAAUCUAACCCUUCGACAACCGACUGACGGUCGACCGCGCACUCCCAUCCACAUUCAUGCCAGCCCACUCAAGUAUACCGCCAAAAACUUUAACGCUCAGUCCGGCAUUCAAUCGAAGCUGGAGGUUACAUUUCGUGAUGGUUUCGGUUCGUUCAGUGCAAUGCGUGCCCAGGUGCCGGGUUAUGAGCCUCAGCGUGAGAUGAUGCCCAGCCCGCUGCAACAGGAACGGGAACCGUGUGCCGUUGCUCUGCCGGAAGGUCACAGUGGGUGGUAUCAGUCACCGUCUGCUGGUAGUAGAGUUCCGUAUACCCUUUCAGGCUUUCCGCCACCGCUGUCAUCCUCAUCGCCACUGCCCAACCUGACGGCGCAUCAGCUGGCAUCUAGUCGGGAGAUGAAUGGACAGUCCUUGUUUACUGACAGUCAGCUAGAGAACGAUGGAUUGACGAAGGAAAUCCGGUACCAGAACUUUGUUGUUGCAGAGAUGGCCGUCUCACAGCAGUUGGAACAAAAGCAGCGUCUAAGCUUAGAGGUUGAACGGAAGCGGUCCCAAUUCGAAUCGAUAUGUCGUGAAAUCUUUGUGUUGCAACAACCUCUGCGCUUUAUCGAUGCGGAGCUUCUCGAUCGUGAAGUGCUGGUGCUGGCGGCUGAAGUCGAACAGCUACAGAAGGAGGUAGAUUCGUGCGACGACGAAGAGGAACGAAUACAGGCCGCAGCUGCCACAGCAGCCACCGGCGCAUCGAUUACGGAUGGGCUCAGUGCGCUGAGUGUUGAAGGUGGUUCACCAUUAAUGCUUCCAUCAUCCAUGGUGUCUGGUGCUGGUGGGACAGUGUUGAAUCGUCCUCCAAGACCGCCUAGACCACCUCCGCCGAGAGCUCCAACACAGUCGCCGUCGCGUGGCAGUUCUGGGAGCAUUACCCCUAAUACGCCGCUCCUUGCCCCAUCUCUAGCUGCAAUUGGUGGCACGUCACCAGUACCGACCCCCUCGUCAUCCACGCCCUCACCCUGCUCAACCUCAUCGUCGUAUCCGUCGAACGGUGGAGGUGUCGGUGACCCGAUGGCUCCAAAUCGAUUGCAGCCAUCCGCCACAGGCCCCAAUCAACCCUGGACCUGCAGUCUCUGUACAUUCCAAAACCACGAACUAAUGCCCGCGUGUGAAGUCUGCUCGCUGCCAAAAGCAUCCGGUAUUAGAACGGCUGUGGCUGCACCAAUGACCAACAGCAACCCGGCCUUUACGGUCGCGGGCGAUGUGAGCGAUGGUGUCGGAGGAUCCCACGCUGCCGGUGUGUUGUUGCGACGUCAACAUCAUCUUUCGGUUGAUACUGGCGUUGCGGCAGCUGCUGCCGCCGCUGCUGCUGCUGCGGCUGCCGUUGUUGGGGCAUCCGUUGCAGGACCUUCCACAGCACCGCCAUAUCCGGGGAUGGUGGAAAUGCCGCCUCCUUCAUUCGCAUCCUUGACGGGACAAACGUCUACUUCGAUGCCGUUGCAACCUAUUCCCCUUCCCCACGGUUCUCAACAACCCUUAGUGACCCAGCAGCAGCAUCAGCAGCAGCAACAGCCAUCGCAAGCAAUACAGCAACAAUCCCUGCAAUCCAAUCCGCCACCGUUGCAAAACGCCCAGUAUCAGAAAUCAUCCAUCGAAUGCUAAAACACAACUGCUCAAUGCCAUCGCCACUGACGAUUCACAGCCCUACUAACACAAACAAACAUGCAUUGAUUAAUGAGAGUGAG